ACUAAGGAAAAGAGACAACAGCUGAUACUCAAGCCUCUAACACCUGAGCAAUAUCCCUAAACACCUGAACAAUAUAUCUAACACCUGAACAAACACUACUAACACCUGAACAAUAUCCAUAACACAUGUACUCGUACAAAGGCCAUGACACCCUACUUAAGCACUUAACCCCUGGAGAAGCCCUCGCACAUUUAACCAGAAAGGAAUUGAGACUCAAGCACAUUUAACUGGACAAUUGAAACCCUAACACGGCCACGAGUCAGCCGCCACAUGACAAAGUAGCCAUGGCCAUAAUCCAGCAGAAGAAAACCAUCAUAUGGAUCUUAGGAUUUCUUUGCCUUGUCAACAGCUUCGUUAUCAUCGAACUCUCAUACAGGCACCAAUGGAUUUCCACAAAUGUGGCCAACAACACAGUCCUCCAGCUACCAAAGACAGUACUAGUAAACCUCCUCAAGAUCUAUAGAAACCUUACAGUCAACGCAAUAGCUUCCACAAGAAAGGAGCCGGCUGGUCCUUGCCUUACGCUGAUUGAAAAACCCAAGCCUUCACAGUCUGGUUGCUUCUCUUAUUUUAGUAAGCUGCAAGUUCAACCUGUUCCAGAGAACGACUGCGACAAGCCUUACGUCACAAUCAACAAAUCUGGACGUCUGGGCAACAAGAUGUGUCAGUACGCCAGCCUCUACAUUCUGCGUCACCUGUUUGGAGUCCGGGUGGCUAUCUUCGAUGAAAUGCACACAACCCUUGACAAAAUCUUUAAGAACAUAGACAUACCAGUCAAGAAACCAGACUGCUUCGUUGGGAAGGCUAAAAGUACCACCUACAAGAGUCUGUAUGACAAGCUGUACAGGGCUGAGGCUACGGCCCAGAACACCAUUAUAUCCAAUAUCAUCACUGAGCCUCUGCUGGACACUCCUUACCACAUCUACAGCUACGCUGCACCACGUGACCUGUUACUGGAGUAUAGAAAGCUGAUUCACUCCCUGUUUAUUUUUCGAGACGAGGUGAGGCAGAAUGCCAUACGGAAUAUCGACACUGCUCUGAGGAGUUUCAAUGCAACGUAUCACCACAGGGACUUCCCAAUUGUCACUGUCCAUGUCAGACGGACGGACUACACGAAGCACCUAAAGAACCGGAUAAAUCUGACUCAGCUGGAUAAAGUCUACUACACCAACGCCUUUGAGUUCUACAAAAAGCGGUUGCAGCACCCUCUCUUUCUGGUGGUAAGUGACGACCCAGAAUGGUGCAGAGAGAAGCUCCAGGCAAAGGACGUGCUAGUCAUUGCUUCAAAAGUCCCAGCCGAAGACAUGGCGGCGAUGAGUUUGGGAGAUCAUCAUAUUAUAAGCUACGGAACCUUCAGCUUCAUGGGAGCACUAAUGGGGAAUGGCAACAUAACACACCCGCUCACCACCAACCCUCGCUACGGCUUCGUGAAGUGUAUCAAGUCUCCAGUCUUUUACAAUGUUGAUAGGGGCGACAAUCAGGAAUACAGUGAAUGAAGGCAAAUUGGUUAUCUAUUUGCUUUUAAUUUUCUAUUUUUUUUUUUUUUUUACUAUUAUUUUUUCUACUAAGCGCUUCCUAAGUUUCUUUCAUCUUUUCUUUCUUUCUACUAAUUUUUAUACUCUUCUGUUUCUAAAUAUUUCUUUUAAUUGAUUCUUUCCCUCUUAGACAAUGUUUUCAGUAUUCAUUAACUUUAAUGAAAACAAUUUCUUCAUUCUUUCUUCUUCUAUACGAUGUCUCUUAUAAAUACUUUCGAAAUUUCCAAAAAUAAAUGGUUUCAAACCACUUUCUAUGUAAUUUUCUUCUCUUAUGCAAUGUUUUGAUAAACAUUAUGCUUAUAUACGAUGAUUUCCUUUCUAUAUCACAGUACUUCCAAAAAUGCUAUUGAUAUUUGUAGGUGACAUUCAAAUCAAUGUCUCUACUUUAAAAAAAUACCUUUCUAAGAGACAAUAUAUGACUUGAUGGAUGGUUGUCAUGAUAGUAAUAAAUAUAACAAAAUGAAA